AGAUCAGAAAACAGGGAGAAAGGAAGUGGCGGCUGUCGCAACAUCCCUGCCACGUCUCUGCAGCAACAGCAGCAGCAGCUGCUGCAGCUGUGUCGGCUGGCCGGGGCUCCGGGAUGGGCCGGUGCUGCUGGGUUCAUCUGCAGAGGGGAUGCGACUGAAGGGAGCAGCAGAGAAGCGGAAGGAGAGAGGAAACACGUAAAGCCCACACUCCCUCAUUGACAGAGACAGAGAGAGAAAGAGGGAGAGGGAGGGAGAAAGAGAGGCUGGCGGGGAGCAGCUCCAGGGAGAGGACCGCUGCUCUGCUCCGAGUCUCCUUCCUGCCGCCGCCUCCUCCUCCGCCGUUGGAGUGGGUUAUUGUUCCAGGAGAAGAGAGGCGUCGACGGACUCAUUUCUGUGGGUUUUAUUAUUCGUUGACUGUUCGGACGGAGCGGGACACCCAAUGCUCAGCUUGGGGAGAAUGGAGGAAUUCGUCACCGAAGAAGAAGAGCCGUGGUACGACCAGCAAGACCUGGAGCAGGAUCUCCACCUGGCAGCAGAGCUGGGGAAGACUUUGCUGGAGAGGAACAAAGAGUUGGAGGACUCUUUGCAGCAGAUGUACAUCACUAAUGAGGAACAAGUGCAAGAGAUUGAGUACCUGACCAAGCAGCUGGAGGUCCUUCGGGACAUGAACGAGCAACACGCCAAAGUGUACGAGCAGCUGGACGGCAAGGCCAGAGAACUGGAGCGCACCAACCACACGCUGGUCAGGGACAGCAGAGCCUCGCAGCAAAAGAUCGAGAGCUUGACGGGCACUAUUGAGACUCUGCAGAACCAGGUGGAGUCUCUGUCGGCGCAGGUGGAGCAGCUCCGCUCGAUGGAGCAGCUCCGAGUCAGGAGGGAGAAGAGGGAGCGACGCAAGACCAUCCACUCGUUCCCGUGCCUGCGGGAGCUCUGCACCGCGCCCAGGUACGAGGACGAGUUUGUGGUGGGCCGGGCCGAGAGCUUCACGUUGGACGCCAAGAGUCAGCCGUGUGAGGAGGACAAUCAGCACCUGAGGGAGGCGGUGUCGGCGCUGAGAGCCGCCGUCCGGACUGAGAGGGGUCGGAGGGAGGGGGUGGAGAAGGAGUGCAGCCUCCUGAUCGCAGAGUUCUCCCGGCUGCAAACGCGGGUGCAGGACGCUGAGAGCUGCCAGGCUCGCGUGCGGGAGCUGGAGGUGGAACUGCAGGAGCUGCAGCAGCUUCGCCGCGCGCGGACUUUCCUCCUGAGCGGCGAGGACGACGGCGUCGCCCUAACCCAGACCGUCCUCAGCAUCACCCCGGAGACCGACACGUUCCUGGAAGCGGAGGAGGCCGACGCGGGCGGCGGCAUGCGGGAGGAGACCGAGGGCGGAGGCGGCGUCGGAGGCGAGCAGCUGCCGGAGUCCAGCCCCGUGAGGAAAAGCUGCAGCGACACGGCGCUCAACGCCAUCGUGGCGCGGGACGCGUCCGGCCGCAGGAGAGGCAGCUACGCCCUCCACGCCAACAGCGUGAGGAAGAGGGGGAUGUCCAUCCUCAGGGAGGUGGACGAGCAGUACCACGCCCUACUGGAGAAAUACGAGGAGCUGCUGGGGAAGUGCAGGCGACACGAGGAGAGCCUGUGCCACGCCGGCGUCCAGACUUCCCGUCCCGUCUCCCGCGACCCGUCCAUGAAAGACUGCGCCGUGGGCCCCCUCCCGGCACCUCCCCCGACGCCCACCCAGUCCCCCUCCACUCCCGAAGCCAUGGAGAGCAUCGGCAAGCAGGUGGAGGCGGUGGAUAAGCGGCUGGGGCAGAACGCUCCGGAGUACAAGGCUCUUUUUAAGGAGAUCUUCUCGCGCAUCCAAAAGACCAAAAUGGACAUCAAAGCUACCAAAGCCGCCAAAACGAGCAAAUCGGGCAAAUCAGGCAAAUCAAGUAAACACUAAAGUCAACAUCGACUGUACAGAUGAGGAUGUUGGUGCGCUUUGUGAACAAGGGGCUAGCCUAGUGUACGCAAUCUUAUAGAGGGCGCUGCUACUACAACUAACGUAUUAAUUUCUUCCAGAGCUAAGCUAAGCUAAGCUAAUCCCAGCAGAAAAUCAACCAAAUCUGAAGUGCAUGCCUUCCAACCUAGUGCACCUUCUAGAAAAUGAAUUUAAUCUGUUACAUUUUAUUCUUCUCCAUUGUACUGUUUAAUUUAAAGUACAGAAAAAAAAGAUUUGUAGGCUAAUUUGACUGCCUUACUUACUCUACAAUAUUACAAUUAUAAUACCAUAGCUGGCAAAAUGUUUCAGUUUUGCACUUUAGGUUCAGGUUUAAAUCAAAUAAGACAAAUUGCCUCUUAGAGGGGUGGAAAGCAAAUGUAACAUUAACUGAAGCCAAAUCUGCUUACUACUAAACAAGCUUGACUCAUAUUUAUGUACUUCCUUGAUCUUACAGGAAGAUCAACCUGUAAGAUGCUUUAUAUGGUUUUGUCUUUAAAUGGCAAAACCUUAAAGCGUUUCAACCAUAAUUGUAUUUUAUUGGGAUUUUAUGCAAUGUAGUUUAUUAUUGUGAAAAUGAUGGCUUUCCUUCUACGGUUUUUAAAGAUAAAAUCUGACUGCUAAUCUCACAUCUGUUCGGAGAAUCAGCUUCAAGAUUCAGUUUUGGUUUUUUUUAAUUGUAAAUUGAAAAAUAUUUCUUUUUCCUUUUUUUUUUUUUUGGUCCGCUUCCCAAUCAUAUGUGUCUUGCUCUUGAUUUAUCCUACGAAAUCCCAAUUAAAUGGAGCGACAUUUGAUGUGGUUGUGUGAUCUAAUGUGAAACAGAUCAAGGGGAGUGAAUACUUUUGCAAGCUGGGGCAUUUCAAACCACUGUGCUGCCUGAGAUGGAGGUGCUCGUCAUAACAUGCUACGCUAAUUCUGUCAGUUUUUUAGCUAAGUCUAGAAAAGGAUGUGAUAGGUCUAUUUGGUCCUGAGCUUUCUGCAGGUAUACCAAGUGGCUACAUUGACCUUAAUAAAAGUGAAUCCAUUUUCCAAAGUGAACCGGACUUUUGGGCCACUUUUGGGCAAAAUCACACCUGCCUUUGUACCUGUGUCUUCACUCCUGCUUAUGUCUUUGUCUUAAUUACAGUGAAGAUGAGCUAUUUUAUGUUUUGUUUUUAAGUUCUUGGGGGAUUCUCUUCAGCUGCUUCAUUUUGUCAAUAUAAAACUACAUUUGAGUUAACAUGAAGGAAAGGACUGUUUGGCUACAAUAUACAGUUUUCGUGACAUGGGUGUUUUAUAUUCCACGGUGGACAUGAACCGAUUCCUACUCUCUGCACUGUGCUCAGGGAUAGACGGCUGCAAAACGUUCUCAACUCAAUCAUGUUCCAUUUGCAGUUCUAUGCUCGUUUUCGUUCCCUCAGUAAAUAUUUCCAUUUGCCCCUGAAAUCAGAACUUUUAUUCAGGUCAGGAUAAGAAUUCAGUUCGUGAAUAAUGUCCCACCUGAUGUACUUAAAUUCCAGUUCCUAGCCAGAAAACAAGUUGGGCUUGCUAGUUUUUGAGCUCCAUGACCAGGAUACUUACUAUAAUAUUGAUGACGAUAAUAAUUCUUAUUGAUGGAUGUUAAUUACAAUAUAUUUAUAGCCUUUUGUGAAUUGAAAUACUAAAGAAAUAUGUACAGUACUGUAUGUGCACAAGGUUAAAAGAGAUCCAAACCAUUAAAACGCAGGAAGCUGUUUGUGGCUUCAACUUACUCUAUGUUUAUACCUGUGGCAGCCAUUUUGGAUUGGUGGGAUAUCUCUCACUUACCAAGUGUAAGCUUCACACAGCAUUCCAAUUAAUCUCCCUAAAUCAGAGACAGGAUGGUUUUACCUUUUUGAUAAGGAUUACAAGCUAAAGUUAGCCUAGCUUGUUUUUAUGUUAGCGGUAGCUAAACGGAUUCGUAAAGUUCAUUUUCCACCAUUCUGAGCAAAGGUGAGUUCUAACAUCCGUAUCACAUUAAUGAUCACUAUAACGCAGCAUAAUUCAUUAAAACCUAUGCCUUGA